CACGGGAGUGUGUUGUGCCGCUGCCGACCAUUUCUUCGUGCACUGCAAGAGGAAUGCCGAAGUCCGUCGUUGCGUCCGCUGCCGCCGCCGCUGCUGCUGCCCCAGACUGCUCUGUGCAAAGAUCAAACGACCAAGAGUAGGGAUCCGAUACGAAUACCACACCGGUGGGACUGUUCCACCUUCCACGGGUCAACGAUGAUGGCCAGUUACUGUUUGCGCAACGCCGUAUCGUCCUGGUGUCCCACGCUGGGCCGGAUUUGUGGCCUUCGUGUGCAGUUCGGUGCUUGUGGAACCGCUCGCUCGUACGUUUCUGGCUGUCAAGACGAUGGCCGGAGACUGGCGAAACACGCGCUACCAAAGGAACUGGCACGGGAGUGCCCAGCGGUCAACGUAUCAUCAGCAUUUGGUACCGACGCAUUUGACAGCACUAGGCAUGCAUUCACUCGGUGUGACGAGAUGCUGCUGCUGCAUCGAGCUACAAACGAACCCGUAUCACUAGAUCCGGCCACUGUCAGCUGCAGCAAAGUAACCGCAUCGGGCGAUCACGCACCAAACGCUAGUCAACCACCGACGGAAGAGCAGCUGCACCGCGUUUACCAGGUGCUCUCGCAAACGCUGCCAAAGUUGUUCGUCCAGCCACUCGAUUACUCGAUCUACAAUCCCAACCUAAUCUUCGAAAACAACAUACGAGGCACGAGGACGGUCGGACUGUACCAUUACGUGAAGCAGAUUGCGCUGCUACGUACGGUUGGCCAUCUGAAGUUCGCCUACGUUACCUUCGAGGUGCUCAAGAUUACCAAACACACCGAGGACAACACCGUGAAGGUGCGGUGGCGUAUCCGCGGCAUCAGUGCACUCAAAGUCAUGCUCCAGUUUUGGAAGUACAAGCUGUGGAAGCUGAAGGAAAUCUUCGAUGAACAAGAAGCGUGGUAUGAUGGAUUUUCUGUGCUUUACGUUGGUUCCGACGGUUUGGUAGCUAAACAUGUAGUUGAUAAGAUUAUGCCCGAUGAUGAUGUAGCGAAGACAGUACCGAAAACGCUAGCCUCACCCAAGCUGGCCCUGAUAGUUGGGCUGACGGCGGAGAUGUACCCGGUAGUGAGUGGCCCGUGAACCAGCUGGAUUACGUUGUCUAUCCACACUAUCAACAGAUAUACAAAAACAUACGUCAUGAUCAUUAUCCCUACGUGGUAAUGCGAGCGUCAGCGAGAUGUGUAUUCUUCGCUUUUUUAUGAUGUUUUUUUUUCUCUCGCGAGAACUCGCAAUCGUACAUGUCUCUGAGUCUGAGGUAUGCUGAAAGUGUAAAUCUUAUCAAAAAAAAAUGCAGUAUAUAGAUUAACAAACAUUGAUUUUGGAAAAGAGUUUUUAAACGUUAAUCGCAUGUUUUCAUUAAGAUAAACUUUCAUUAAGUGAACGGUCUUGGUGUGAAUAGGCCUUUAAUGCUAUGCGUUUAUCGGUACGAUGCAACAGUAGCGCAAUUGUGCAUCUGUAACGACGAAAAAUCAAGAAUGAAAAAAUGAAUAGGCAGGGACAUACAGAAAGAAAAAUAAAUUGUGUUUCAUUCCUUCCGGUUGAAUUAUAUCUCAUUUUCACCUUUCCAA